AUUUUAUUCGCCAAUGGAUAAUUCAAAUUUCAAAGAUUAAUAAUAAGAGAUACUAACAAAUGAAGCAUUAUCUCAAUAUUAAUACAAAAGUAAAAAAGUCUCAUGGAAAGAAUCUUCAACUCAGAACAAUGCACCAAAGAAGAAUAAUCAAUUGAACGAAUAGACACAAAUCGAAUCCUAAGGCAAACCAUAGUCGUAAAGCCAAAACCAAGAAAAUGAUACGGAGUAAUUCUACCCUUCACUAAAAGUAAAUAUCAAUUCCUUUGAAAAUUAACAAAAAUAAGAGAACUAGAGUCAACAUAAUUAAACAAAUGAUUAGAAGUAGCAUUUAACACACUCAUAAGCUCGUAAGAAUUCACAACUAAAAAUUUAGCCUGCUUUCAAUGUCAAUAUCUAAAUUACUAGAAUUUAUCAUAAAAAAUCAUAAUCUUAAAUUCCCGCUUCGAGAUAAUAUUAUAGAAUAUAGUAAGAAAAAAAUGAAUUGCGGCCCACAUAAUAAAGUUAAUCGAAUUUGAUUUAAUCAUAAAGCAGUGAAAUCAUCAAUAUGUGUGUGGGAAACCCUGCAAUAAAAUCAGAGGUGAGAGGUACUUAACCAUAAGAAUCCUUUGAAAUUAGGUUAAAAGUAUCAGAAGAUCCAGACAUAUAAUAGAAACAGAAGAUCUUAUUAGAGAUUCACGAUAUCUUAAAGUAAAUUAAGAUUAUAUCGAAUUGUAAGAAACACUCAAUUUUAGAAGAUGCUCUUUAAUUGUGUUUAAUUUACCUACCGUAAAUUAGAGGAUAUGGACAUUCAAUGAUUUCAUAAUAAUUUUACGAGAAAGCACAGCAAAUAUACUAGAUAGAAAGAAAUAAAUAAGGAUUUUGUAGAAGGUACAAGUAAAUCAAAAUAAAUAGGUUCUAUCAUUUGUUAAUAUUUUCAGAUUGUUGGACUUUAUAAAAUAUAACAAUGUUGCAUGAAAUCAUAAUGAAACAUCAACAGAUUCCACUUGAAACAUAUCAUAUAUCUUAUGAUAUUGUAAAAAAAACCUUUGCAUUUCCAAAAUCAAUUUCGAGUCGAUAGAUGCCUGAAAAGCCAAAAGUAAUCUAACAAAUCAUAUAAAAUGAAUAAAAUAAAAGGAUUGUUUUAUCAUGUAUAUUCUUUAUUCAUAAUUAGUAACUACAAAAACACUUUUUUAAUAUGUAAAUCUGCCUGCAAAAGAAAUUGAUGAGGAUAUUGAAGAGUUUGGCGACGAAUUGUAAUUUAUUGAUAUGAUUCUGAAGUUAAUUCCUCUUGCUUUUUGA